AUGUUCCCAGACAGCAAAAUUGCUCAGUCAUUUGAACUUGGGCCUACCAAAGUCCAUUAUAUCAUCAACUUUGGAAUUGCCCCAUACUUUAGAGACAUCUUGUAUGAUUCAUUGAAAAAAGUUGAAUGUUAUGUUGUCUCUUUUGACGAAAGUUUGAAUACUGUAACUCAGAACUGUGAAAUGGAUGUACUAGUAAGAUUUUUUGACCCUGUUGAUGACAAAGUUAAAAUCUGUUACUUAGACUCAAGCUUUCUUGGACAUAGUGCUCACCAAGAUUUGUUCAGCCAUUUCACGAAGACGCUUGGGAAAUUAGAUCCAAACAAAAUGUUUCAAGUAUCCAUGGAUGGACCUAGCGUUAACUUCAAAUUUUUGGAAAAAGUCCAGAAAGACCGUCUUGACAAUGAACAACAUCAACUCAUUGACAUAGGUAGCUGUGGUCUUCACACUAUUCAUGGUGCUUUCAAAAAUGCUGCAGUUUCUACUGAAUGGAACAUUAAGAAAAUACUCCAUGGUUCUUACCAAAUAUUGCACGACACACCAGCCAGAAGAGAUGAUUAUGAAAGUGUGACAUCAUCUAAUGUUUAUCCGCUAAAUUUUUGUGCUACACGGUGGGUGGAAGACAAAGUUGUAGCAGAGCGUCUCAUUGAAAUUUGGGAAAAUAUUGUGAAAAUCGUAAAGUUUUGGGAAGGUCUUCCGAAAUCAAAACGACCUGCUUCUAAGAGCUAUGGUUAUGUGAAAGAUGCUGCUAAAGACCUGCUCACACCUGCGAAAUUGAAGUUUUUCAGUUUCCUAGCUGGAAUUUUGCAACCAUUUUUGGUAAUGUACCAAACGGACAAACCAAUGGUUCCUUAUAUGUAUCAAGACUUGACCAAGCUUUUAAAGAAUUUAAUGAGAUUGAUUGUUAAGCCUGAUGUGUUAACAAAAUGUGAAUCAAUAAGUGAUUUAAAAGCUGUCAAUUUGAAUGAUAAUUCAGUGCUUAUGAAACCAAAGAAUUAUAAUUUAGGCUUUGCUACUAGAUUUGAAAUAAACGAAUUAAAAAGAAAAGAUCUAAUAACUAAUGCACAGGUGGCUAAGUUCUUUACUGAUGCUGUUAUAUUUGUUAGAUCUAUUGUUGAGAAGUUAUUCGACAAGAGUCCGUUGUCAAAAAAUGUUGUUAAAAAUUCCACUAUAUUUGAUCCCAAGGUAAUGGUUACUGAAAGCUCCUCUGUUUUGCAAACCAAACUGAGAAGCAUGUUAACAUAUCUGGUGAAGCUUAGAGUUUUAACAUCUUUUCAAUGUGACAAAAUCACUGAAGAAUUUAAUGAGUUUUCCGAUCACAAUUUGAAACUUCACAUUGAUAAAUUUCAGAGUUUUGAUAGGUUUCAAGAAGACUUAGAUGAAUUUUAUUUUGGUGAUGUUGGCGUAAAAAGUUUCAAGGAACUUUCUUUUUUUAUCAAAUUAGUCUUAACAUUAAGUCACGGUCAAGCGUCAGUUGAAAGAAGUUUUAGUAUUAACAACUCUGUCCUCAGACAAAACAUGAAAGAAGAAUCUAUCGUAGCUAAAAAGGUUGUGAGUGAUCAUAUGAUUGCUAAUGGUUUAAAACCUGAUAGUAUUCAGGUAACUAACAAGCUGCUUCAAUCUGUAGCUUCUGCAAGACAAAAGUAUGAAGACAGUUUAGAACUACAGAGACAGAAAAAACGCAAUGAAAGAGAUGAGAAUCAAAAGCGCAUAUUAAAUGAUGAAAUAAGAGACACAAAAGCUAAACGUGAUGAUUUGCAGAAGACAUGUGAAGCAUUAGACAAAGAAUUCGUUUCAUCAGUAGAGAAAGCUGAAAAAGAUAAAGAUAACGUUGUGUCACUUGUAACCAAGGCAAAUGCAUUGAAAAGAAGAAGUGUUGAGUUGAAAACUCAAGUAAAAAGCUUAGAUGAAGCACUCUUGGUUUUAGAGGAGAAGAGGAGGAAAGUUUGUAAAUAAAAACGACUAAACAACUGGCUGUUUCUAUUUUGUUUGUUUUUGUGUUGGACUGAUUUUGUCUUCUGGAUAGAUCUUUAGUUUUUGUUUGACUGUAACCCAUUUCGUUUUGUUUUAUUUUGGACUGAAGUCAAAC